AUUACGAUUAUUUAGAUUAUCAGGUAUUUUUUUGAACAUACCGAGUUUUGCUGGUUACGUCCCACAAUGAAAGCCGUUUUAGAUGCCUUUCCUUUAGUUAUUCUGAAUCCUCUCUCGGCCUGUGUAAACCAAACUAUGCUCUCUCUCUUCUCCCUUCACCUGCACCUCACUCACAGCAAUAUUUUCAAGAAACAAAACAUCUGAUUUCUGUAAUUACUUCCAUUUCAUGGUUUAAGAUAAAAGAUAGAAAGAGAAAUUAAAAAUGGCUUACAGGGUUGAUCACGAAUACGAUUCUCUCUUCAAGAUAGUAUUGAUUGGAGAUUCUGGUGUGGGAAAAUCCAACAUUCUUUCCAGGUUUACAAGAAAUGAAUUCUGCCUGCAGUCUAAGUCCACUAUUGGUGUUGAAUUUGCAACCAGGACUCUUCAGAUAGAAGGAAAGACAGUAAAGGCACAGAUAUGGGACACAGCUGGUCAAGAGAGAUAUAGAGCCAUCACUAGUGCUUACUAUAGAGGAGCCGUGGGUGCGCUUUUGGUUUAUGAUAUAACCAAGAGGCAAACCUUUGACAACGUCCAACGGUGGCUCCGUGAGCUGAGGGACCACGCCGACUCCAACAUUGUCAUCAUGCUGGCCGGAAACAAGUGUGAUCUUAAUCAUCUAAGAGCAGUUCCCACAGGAGAUGCAAAAUUAUUGGCCGAAAAAGAAGCUCUCUCCUUCCUGGAGACCUCAGCAUUGGAAGCCCUCAAUGUUGAGAAGGCAUUCCAGACGAUUUUGUUGGAUAUUUAUCACAUUGUUAGCAAGAAGGCACUGAUGGCACAGGAGGCAGCUUCCUCAGUCCCUCAAGGUACCUCCAUUAAUGUUGCAAAUCUCUCUGGUGAUGUCAACAAGGGAAGUUGUUGCUCUAAUUAGUAAGAUAUGUACAAUGUAUUCUUCUCCACAAGGAGGAGAUGAUAAAGACAAUUUUGUUACAAAUAUUCCUCUUAAGUGUCAGCAUGAAGGAAAAUGUAUGUGUGAAAUUAUUCUUUAUUAGCAUUUGUGGGGAUGCAAGGAUGAAGGAGAAAUUGUGAGCAAGAGUUUUUCUUCGUUGUUAGUACUAAAAUUAUCUUCUUUUGACCCUGUUUAUUCAGAUUCUUACAACUGUGCAAUAAAUCUUUUUUUUUCGUUUUUGUC